CCAGAGAUGCUCUUCACGAUCAGCAGAGAAGGAGUCAUUUAUCUCAACGCCCCCCUAGACAGAGAGACACAAGACCAGUUUCACAUCAGCAUUGUGGUUGAGCGCCCAGAUGGCAGAGAGAUUGCCAAGCCUGUGGAGCUGAGGGUGAUGGUGGGUGAUGCCAAUGAUAACAGACCCACCUUUCCACAGGCACAGUAUCACACCGUGGUCAAGGAACUAGCUGCUCGAGGGACGGAAAUCCUGACAGUACAGGCAGCCGAUAACGAUGAUCCCAAGACAGACAAUGUGCGGAUAUUCUACCGCUUAGUUGGACAAAUUCCAGAGAGUCCUCGUGCCCUGUUCAGAGUGGACCGGGACUCAGGUGUGAUCUCCGUCCAAGCAGACAGUAUGGAGGGCACAGCACCACAGUACACCCUCACCAUUACUGCUGAGGAUGCCAAAGGUCUCAACAGUUCUUGCACUGUGGUUGUGACGGUACAUGAUGAGAACAACAACCCACCAGUCUUCUCCCAGCAUGAGUAUGGACCCUUUCACAUCCCAGAGGACACUCCAGUGGGAACCACAGUAACAGCUGUGUUGGCAGGCGAUGCAGAUGUUCGAGGAGGAGACAGCUGGCAGGUGGACUACCGUUUAGAGUCUGGAAACGAAGAGGAGGUCUUUGCAUUAGUGACAGACAAGCAGACCAAUGAGGUCUCGCUUGUGCUUUUGAAGGUGUUGGACUUUGAGCGUGACAGCGAGUACAUCCUAGUACUCAGCGCUCAGAAUCCAGUGGCUCUGGUACGUGGCCGAUAUGGACCUGCAUCCACAGCAACAGUCUCUAUUUAUGUUGACGAUGUGAACGAGGGUCCAAUCCUGUCUCAAAGCCACUAUGAGGUUACCGUCAGAGAGGGUGAGGAACCAGGACGCGUUAUUGCCACAAUUCGCGGUUAUGACCCUGAUUCUCACCCAAUCAGAUAUUCUCUUCAAGGGGACACCAAGAAGUACUUUUCAAUAGGGAAAUACUCUGGUGAACUAAAGACUGUACAUGCCUUGGACCGAGAGGAGAAUAGCACAUACACCAUGAAAGUCAUCGCCAUGGAUGGGCGAAAUUCUUCCUUAUCUGCAUCUACACUGGUGACUGUCCAAAUCCUAGAUGUGAAUGACAACAGUCCAGUGCUAGUCGGAGACUAUUCCUGGAAGUACCUGUGUACACCUCGCUGGGAGGACCAAGCUCUGGUGCUGGCCUCACGGGACAGCGAUGGGCCACAGCAUGGGGGACGACUAAACUUCUCCCUGCGCAGUGAUUCCACGGUCCGACGUAAUUGGAAGCUAACGCCUAUUAAUGAUACUCACACCAACCUGUCCUUAAACAUCCCAUACCUGGCUCCUGAGGUCUACACAGUGCCCUUCACCAUCUCUGACAGCAGCUCUCCUCCCAGAAGCACCUUCAUAAACUUGCCAGUGACAGUGUGUUUCUGCAACGUCAGAGGGAACUGCAAAAUGGCUGCCAAGCAGUUGCAGGGCAUGCCAACUAUUCAGUCUGCAGUGGGCAUUCUGCUUGGCACCUUUGCGGUCAUAGGAACUAUCCUCAUUGUUGUAUUUAUCAGACUGUCUUACCAGAACCCCAAACGGUCAAGCAAAACUAACCAGGAAAGAGUUCCCCUGAAGAUUUCAGCUUAAUUCAAAUGACACUGUAUUGUCUGUCCUGCUCAUAGCUUACUGCCCCGAUCAGCUGGACUAGUGUAACAGUGUUGCUGUCAGGGCAGUGAAUUCAUCAAGAGAACAAAAAUGGCUACAACUGCUGUAUAUUUUAUGACAAAAUAUUUUAGAUUAGUCAAGAUGGCUAAUGUAUGGUGAGUCCUCGAUGUGUGUCUUAUGUGUGUCCGUUUUUAUCACUGUAGACCUGUUAGCUUGUUUCUUGGCCCUGCU